AAGACACACAGUGCUGAAAGGCUGAUCACGGUGAGGCAGUGGUCAGGAUGUUGGACCUGGCUGCCAAUGACAGAUAAUCUGAAGAGACAGCAGAUAAUGAACUGAAGGUGCCAGCCUCUCACAGAAAGCCGAACCUGGGAGUGAUGGAGGAAUGCCACUGUUGAGAUAACAGCCACCACUGAGUUUCAGUGAGACGUUUCAUCAGUUUGAUCUGGAGGAAUGAAAAAGUUGCAAAGACCUCAGAAAAGGAAGUUGCAAAUGUGCGUGGGAGUGGGGGAACGGAAGUUAAUAUCGGUGGAACUCACCCAUCCCCCUAGCUUUCAUCUCUUAACUUGGACUGUACCGAAGCUGUUUCUGGUUGGCAGGAGGUGACCUGGUUCUGAGUUGCCGAUAUGCCUGGUGUUUCACCACAGCACGCCUUGCCCACUCCAUCAUGCUAACAACUGGGAGGCAAAGUUUGGAGAUUGUGACCUACAUAGUGUUUGAGCUUGUCAUCGCAGUCUUAGCUGUACUGGGGAAUGUCCUGGUGUGUUGGGCUGUCUACCUAAACAGCAACUUGCAAAACGUCACAAACUUCUUUGUGGUGUCCUUGGCUGUGGCAGAUAUUGCUGUCGGGGUACUGGCCAUUCCCUUUGCCAUCACCAUCAGCACUGGUUUCUGCUCCCUUUUCUACGGCUGCCUCUUCAUCGCCUGUUUUGUGUUAGUAUUAACUCAGAGCUCUAUCUUCAGCCUGCUGGCCAUCGCCAUUGACCGGUACAUUUGCAUCAAAAUCCCACUGAGGUACAACAGCCUGGUGACUGGCCAGCGGGCCAGGGGAAUCAUCUGUGUCUGCUGGAUCCUGUCCUUCAUGAUCGGCCUGACCCCGAUGCUGGGCUGGAAUCAGUCCAACUGCGAGCUCACCAUGAAGCUGAACGGGACCGAAGGCUGCAGGGAUGGCAUGGUCUCCUGCCUGUUCGAAGAGGUGGUCACCAUGAAUUACAUGGUGUAUUAUAACUUCUUUGCCUGCGUCUUGAUGCCCUUGCUCAUCAUGUUUGGCAUUUACUUGAGAAUCUUCAUGGCCGCCCGCCAUCAACUCAAGCAGAUGGAGUUUAAGACCACAGCCAUUGAGAAGAGCAGGUCCACCCUUCAGAAGGAGGUGCACGCUGCCAAGUCCUUGGCCAUCAUCGUGGGCCUCUUCGCUGUCUGCUGGUUGCCACUUCACAUCAUUAACUGCGUCAACCUCUUCUGUGAGAACUGUCGCCCCCCGGCCUGGAUCAUGUACUUUGCCAUCAUCCUGUCCCAUGCCAACUCUGUGGUCAACCCUCUCAUUUACGCGUACCGCAUCCGAGAGUUCCGCCAGACAUUCCGCAAGAUUCUGAGGAAGCACAUCCUGAGGAAGCCAGACCAGGUGCUGCAAACGCCUAGUAAGAGAAGCUCCACCCAUGGGGGCGGUGGGAGUACUCAACUCAAUGGGGGAGUUUUUGAUCUGGUGAACGCCUGCUCCCAAGACGUGUUGGAGAAAGAUCCCCAGCAGAACGGACAUGUCCCAGAUUUACGGCUCCACGGGGACCCAGGGGAGCAACAACCAGAGGGAGAAGAAAACACCGAGGGUCAGCUCUCCACUGUCUCCGCACAACAGACUCCCUGCUCAACUCUCACCAAAGUCUCCUGAUCCUCAGCUCAAUGAGACUCUAACUUGUUCCAACAACAAGAAACAUGGUUUACUCGUAACUGCCCUGUGAGAUGGUGGGGGAGUCACACACUUUCAUCCCAGCUGUCCCAAACCCUUGUCCACACAGAAGCUGGGAUUCACAGGCAACUCCUCAUCACCUUCUCGAGAGUCAUUCUGUGGCUGAGCAGGAAAAUGUUGGUGGGAGUGACCAGAUCCCAUCAAUGAGCAAGCCUUCGACCUGAGGAAUAUCAGUGGUUUAUAAAUGUUCUCACUGUAUAUUGGAAAUAAUUAAAAUAAAGCCUUACUCAUGAAA